AUGCAGUCUGGAAUAUCAGCCUCCGCCGAAUUGCACGACGCCUUCAACUCCUUCACGUUGACUCCCUCCCACUUCUGUCUCCCCGUCAUAAUAUCCAACGAGAGUCUCGUCCCCCUUGAGCCGAUUCCCUUCCCCACUUCCUCCUCUGAUAAUGCUUCCCAAUUUUUCAGCUCCUUGCCCCUCCUAGCCCUGCACGUCCAACCCAAAACCCCGAUCUACCUCAUCUUCCGCCGCACCUCAGGUUCCAGCACCCUCAUAGCCGCCACAUACAUCCCUUCAGCGUCGCCGGUUCGUGCAAAAACACUGUAUGCCAGCUCGCGCGCAACACUUACCCGAGAGCUUGGAAGCGAGAAAUUCGUCGACUCCAUCUUCGCGACGGAUGCAGAGGAGAUUCUCGACGAGGCAUCUUGGAAGGAGAGAGAUGCGGAUAGAAAUGCAGCUAUUGGUGGCAUCGACGAAGAUGGCAAGGCGGAGGCGAGGAGGAAUCGUUUGAUGGGGAGGGAGGAGAGGGAGUUGGACGAAGUUAGGAAACUGGAGGAGCAAGAGAGGAGCAUGGGCGCUAGAAGGAGGGAUGUGGGGAUCGGAGGCACGAUUGGACGUGAGAAUGGGAAUGGCGAACUGCGCAUCAAUGUUGGUGAGGGCGUGAAAGAGGCAUUGCAGCGGGAACGGGCAAGUGGUACUGUUAUUCGGCUGACUAUCGAUGUGCCAACUGAAACUCUCACUCUGAUAUCCGCUGAGUCGAAUGUCGAGCCUGCCCUCCUUGCAAGCUUCAUCUCAAGCUCAAAAGCGCAAUACACGUUUUAUAACCAUCCUAACCCCGAUGCUGUGAUCUUCAUAUACACCUGUCCCUCCGGCUCACAAAUCAAAGAGCGCCUUCUGCAUGCCAGCUCCCGGAACGAUGUCGUUAGGCUUGCUGGUCUGCAGGGCGUGGAUGUUGCUCAUAAGAUUGAGGCAUCCGAACCCGAGGAGAUCACACUUGCGAGUCUUUCUGAACUCGUGAAUCCACGAAAGGACACGGGGCCCAAAGCUUUUGCAAGACCAAGGAGACCUGGACGGUGA